CAAACAGUACAGUGUAGACUUAAAGUGGUUGUGUGUCAGGGUGGUCCCAGUCUACACCACCAUGGUUUCUUCUGUAGCCAUACUCGUAAGUCUGUGUGUCCUCGCUGCCUUUGGACAGGAGUACUAUGGCAUUUCAGAACCGAGUGAUGCUUACGAUUACUAUUACACGUAUGAUUUUGCUACUGAAAAACCAGCAGAAGAUGUUGACUUUGCACAGGAUGACUGGCUGUAUGACUUCGUAGAGUUCACAGAUGAGUGCGAUCCAAACCCGUGUCUCAACGGAGGCCUUUGUGAUACAGCUCCUGAUGGGGGUUUCCUCUGUGUGUGCCCAGAGCCUUAUUCAGGAAGGAAGUGUCAAACAAUAAAGGAUGUCUGCAAGAAUGUGAAAUGUGGGCGUGGCGACUGUGUUUUCACAUCUGCCGAACCAUUCUACCAGUGCAAGUGCAAGGAACCAUACAAACCACCUAACUGCAGGAGAGCGUCUCCCUGCAGGCCCAGCCCUUGUCAGAAUGGCGGCUCCUGUGUCAAAGGCCCUGCUCGCGCCUCCUUCAAGUGUGUUUGUCCAGUUGGGUACAAUGGGACGCUCUGUGAAGUCGGCCCGAACGACUGCUAUAUGGAAGACGGGGAGUUUUACCGCGGCUUUGUUAGCGUAACAGACGCGGGGGAGACGUGUCUGGACUGGAACUCAUAUUUCAUGCUCCAGAAUGGGGAAGAUCCCUACAAAAAGUACGCAGGCUUUGAUGGAAUUGGACCGCACAAUUAUUGCAGGAACCCUGAUGGAGACAUCAGACCCUGGUGCUUUGUGAAUAGAAGAGGCCAACUGAAGUGGGACUAUUGUAACAUCAGGACGUGCUCUACAGUCCCAGCUUCAGCCACUUCACCGACGGGUACCACGCCAGCAAAGCCGGAUAUCCUCGCUGGUCAGUUUUCUCAGUGUGGAAGACCCCAGUCUCGUCGCUCAGGUAGGAUCUUUGGAGGGAAGAAGUCUCUUCCUGGGGCUCAUCCAUGGCAGGUAUCCCUGCAGACAAGACCCGAAGGCUCCUCCCAGCCCUUCAGCCACCUCUGUGGAGGCAUCCUCAUCGAGUCCUGCUGGGUGCUCACUGCCGCCCACUGCAUUAAAAGCUCAGUGGACAUGCAAGUGAUGAUUGGAGGAGUGGAUCUGGAGAAGGAUGAAGAACACGAUCAGGUCAUCCCAGUAGAGCGCGCCAUAGUUCACGAGGAUUACAAGGCGACCCCCUUCUCUCUUCACAGCGAUAUUGCCUUGCUACAGCUGAGAGUCGUGGACAGACCAUACUGUGCCAAGGAGACCCACUUUGUCAAGACGGCCUGUCUGUCACAGCGGCCCUUCCAGGACGGCACCGAGUGUGUCAUCUCAGGAUGGGGCGCAACUGAAACACAGAAGUACGGGUCCAACAAGCUGAUGGACGCUCGUGUUCUUCUGAUCUCCAAGGACCGCUGCAGCGCUCCCAAUGUCUACGGAAAGUCCCUGGACGACAGCAUGUUCUGUGCAGGCAAAAUGAAAGGAGGAGUUGACUCCUGCCAGGGGGAUUCGGGUGGCCCUCUGGUGUGCGAGCGUAAUGGAACCCACUACGUCAGCGGUGUGGUGAGCUGGGGCGACGGCUGUGGCAAGAAGAACAAGCCCGGUGUCUAUGCCGACGUACACAUGUUUGUUGACUGGAUUGCUUACCAUAUGCUCGCAUAGCAGGUGUGUUGGCCAGUCAACUGCCUUGUAAAAAGGGAGCAGAUCAGAAAUCAGUGUUUCCAGUGCUUAUUUUUGGUCAAACCUCAAAACUCCACACCCCAAAUCUCAUUGCAUAUGUCUAAUACAUAUGAUACUAAUAACUCGUCUGUUGGUCUUAUUGCCCAGGGUGGAUGUGGUUUGUGUCGGUCUACUAGCCUCGAGGCAAUAACCUGGUAGACAAUGCCUGUUUGGAGGAUUUAUUCUCACCUUUUCUGUGGUGUGGGCCAUUUGACAGAGUGUGUGUGUGUGUGUGUGUGUGUGUGUGUGUGUGUGUGUGUGUGUGAGUGAGCAGCAGGGGUAUAGGUGUGUGUGUGCACGAGUUGGCUUACUUAUGAAAGCAAUUACUGGGAAUCUCAACAUUUUCCAAUGUUAAAAUUCUUAAAGCACUCCACUACCAUCCAUACAAGCUCAUACUUAGUUUGUUGCCUCACAUUUGUU